GCGUCCUCGUCCUCGUGGGCCCCAACUUUCUCUCUGAGCGUGGCACACCGGCCCAGGGGCCAUGCAGGCCGGAGACCAGGCCGCAGGGGGCGCAGCGGGCGAUGCUGAUGGUCCAGGAGGCCCUGCCGUUCCUGGCGGCCCAGGGGGCGAUGCUGGCGGCCCAGGAGAGGCGGGUACCACUGGCGGCAGGGCUCCCCAAGGCUCAGGGGCAGCAAGGGCCUCGGGGCCGGAAGGAGGUGACUCUCAGGGGCCACGUGGCGGCGCGGCUUCUGCCCAGAAUGGAAGCUGCCCGUCUGGGGCUAGGGGGUCAGACAGCCACCUGCUUCAGUUCCACAUCACGAUGCCUUUCCUGUCGCCCAUGGAAGCGGAGCUAGCCCGCAGGAUCCUGGCCCGGGAUGCCGCACCGCUCCCCCGACCAGGGGAGGUUCGGAAGGAUUUCACCGUGUCCGGCAACCUACUGGUUAUCCGACUGGCUGCUGCAGAUCCGCGCCAACUCCAGGUCUCCAUCGGCUCCUGUCUCCAGCAGCUUUCCCUGUUGAUGUGGAUCAUGCAGAGCUUUGUGCCCGUGUUUUUGGCUCUGCUUUCCUCAGGACAGAGGGGCUAAGCCCAGCCUGGCGCCCCUUCCUAGGUCGUGCGUCCUCCCCUGGGGAAGGUCCCUGCACGAGUGGCCACUUCAUUGUGGGGGCCUGAUUGUUUGUCUGUCGCUGGAGGAGGGUGGUUUACAUGUUUGUUUCUGUAGAAAAUAAAACUGAGCU